AAUUGUUCUUUGGCAUAGCUAUUUGAUUACCAGUAUAAUAUGGGGCUUCUCCUCAUUGAGAAGAAAGAGUGGGCUUCAAGGUACGAAGAACUAACGCAAGCAUUAGAUGAGGUAGAGGAGAUUCUCAAACGUGAACAAUCAGCAAAUUUAAUUGCUUUAUCUGAAGUUGAGAAGAGAGAGGAAAUGUUGAGAAAGGCUUUGAGUGUUGAAAAGCAAUGCGUGGAAGAGCUUGAAAAGGCUUUACGUGAUAUGCAAGAGGAGCAUGCACAAAUGAAGCUUACAUCUGAAAAUAAGUUGUCGGAUGCAAAAGAUUUGGUGGUUGGAAUUGACGAGAAAUUAUUGGAGGCAGAAGAAAAGAUGCGUGUUGCUGAAGCUCAGCUUGCAGAGGUAAAUAGAAAGAGUUCUGAGAUGGACAUAAAAUUGCAGGAGGUGGAGGCUCGUGAAAAUGUGCUUCAGAGAGAGCAUCUGUCUUUAAUUGCAGAGCGAGAAGCACAUGCAGCAACUUUCUACAAGCAGAGAGAAGACCUGCAUGAAUGGGAAAGAAAACUACAAAAACAGGAAGAGCAGUUGUCUCAACUUAGAAGAAACAUUAAAAUGAGAGAGGAAAAAGAAAAUGAAAAUGACAAGAUUCAUAAGCAAAAAGAGAGGGACGUUGAAGAGUUGCAAAGGAAGAUUGAUUUUGCAAGCUCAACAUUGAAGGAGAAGGAAGAUGAUAUAAACUAUCGGCUAAAAGAUUUAGAUGUGAAAGAAAAAGCAGCUAAUUCCAUGAGGAGCGCACUUGAAAUGAAAGAGAAGGAAUUGUGUGUAUUGGAAGAAAAGCUUACUGCUAGGGAAAGAGGGGAGAUUCAGAAGCUGCUUGAUGAUCAACGGGCUCUGCUGGAUACUAAAAUGCAGAAAUUUGAGUUGGAACAAGAAGAAGAAAAGGAAUCUCUGGACGAGGAACUGAGAAAAAGGAUAGAGGUUGUAGAACAACAGGAAGCUGAAGUUAACCACAAGGAAGAAAAAUUGAGAAAAAGAGAGCAAGCAUUGGAUAAGAAGUCAGAGAGACUGAAGGAGAAAGAGAAGGACUUGGAAGCGAGGUUGAAAACUAUUAAAGAGAAAGAGAGGUUUUUGAAAGGUGAGGAGAAAAUGUUUGAGUUGAAAAAGCAACAAUUAGAUACUGCUAGAGAGAGCCUGCAGGAUCUCAAAGAGGAGAUUGAUAAGAUUGGGGCUGAAAGUACUCGGCAGGAGUUGCAGAUUCGUGAAGAGUAUGAACAGCUUAAAAUAACUGAAGAAGAGAGAGCAGAACACCUCCGGUUACAGUCAGAACUGAAACAACAGAUAGAGAAAUGGCAACAUCAGGAAGAGUUGCUUUUAAAGGAACGUGAAGAUCUGAAACAGGAUAGAGAAAGUUUUGAAAAAGAGUGGGAAGCCCUGGAUGAAAAGAGAGCCAAAGUUUUGAAAGAGCAAAAAAGUAUAGCAGAAGGAAAAGAGAAGUUUGAAAAGUUCCAGCUAUCAGAAGAAGAAAGAUUAAAGAAAGAAGAAUCAUCAAUGAAUGAUUAUAUUAAGAGGGAGUUGGAUAAUAUUAGAUUGCAGAAAGAAUCGUUUGAAGCUGAAAUGAAGCAUGAGCGAUUAGUUUUAUCUGAAGAAGCUCAAAAUGAACAGAGCAAGAUGCUUCAAGAUUUUGAAACACAGAGAAGGAAUCUUGAGACUGAGAUGUGGAGAAGGCAGGAAGAAAAUGAGAAAUAUCUACAAGAAAAAACAUCAGAAUUUGAGGAGAAGUGCAAGAAAGAAAACUAUAAUAUUGAUCGUCUGAAGGAAAUUGCUCGGAGGGAAAUUGAAGAAAUAAAGAUUGAUAGUCGAGCGUUGCAGAAAGAGAAACAAGAUAUUCUGAUAGAUAAGGAGAAGCUAAAAGAACAGCAACUUGAAAUGCGUAAGGAUAUCAAAGAGCUUGGUAAUCUUAGUAGCAAUCUCAAGAAAAAGCAAGAACAAUUUAUCCGUGAAAGAAGUCGCUUCUUAGUAUUUGUUGAGAAACUUAAUAAUUGUAGUGACUGUGGAGAAAUUACUAGAAACUUUAUAAUCUCUAAUCAUAUUCGGGAUGCCCUUCCUCCUGAUGUUAGAAAUGUUGACAGAUCCCCUGAUGUAGUUGAUCUGGGAGAUGCGAACUCCGGAGGGCAGCAUGUGUCUUGGCUUCAGAAGUGCACGUCUAAGAUUUUUAGCAUAUCUCCUACUAGAAAGGGUGAGCGCAUUUCUGUUUCUCAUUUGGCAGAACAUAUGCCUUUGUCUGUGGAGGCUAGUAUUGAAAGAAAAGUGGAUGAGCCUGGUAUGACCAUCAGUAAUGAAGAUAGAGAUCUUGGUACUGGCUCUUUUGAUGUUCAACCACCCACAUCCGAAAACACAAUCAGGGACUUGGAUGAUGCGUGUACUCAGUCUUUUGAUGAUAAUAGCUGUAUGGACAGUAAGAGACAAGAACCUCCGGAAGAUUCCCAACAAUCAGAGCUGAAGAGUGGCAGGGGCAGGCGUGGUAAGAAGCCCAAACUGGCAUUGAAUAGAACUCGCACAAUGAAGGCUGUGGUUGAAGAGGCAGAGUUGUUUCUCAAGGACAGCUCUAGAGGACUGGAGCAGAACACAACUGUACAGCCUAAUGACAUUCCUCAGGAAAAUGAGGAGAGCAUGAGUGUUUCUGGACGAGUUGAGAAGGCAGCUAGUACUGUUGCAAGGAAGCGGCAACGUGCCCAAGGUUCUAAAAUGACAGAAAGUGAGCAGGAUGCUGUUGAUAGUGAUGGUCAUUCAGAUAGUGUGACAACUGUUAGGCGCAGGAAGAGGCGACAGACAGUUGCUUCAGCCCUUCAAACUCCAGGGGAAAAGCGAUACAAUCUCAGACGACACAAGACUGCUGGCAAAGUAGCAGCACAAACCUCUGCUGAUCUGACGAAGACUGUGGAGAAAGAAGUUGGUGAUGCAGAAGCAAUUACGAAUCCUGAAGCUGUCUCAGUUGAUGUUGGUACUGAGAGUGGCAAAUCUACACCCUUGGUGCCUGUUGGGAAAUUAAAUGUUGUGGAUUUCUCUCAAGAUAGGAUUGUUAGGUUGAAAACAGCUGCAACGGAAAAUACAAAGUCAGCAAUUGCCAGGGAUAAUGCUGAUAUGAAGACAGUUGAAAAUACUGAAUUCAGUGAGGAAACAAAUGAUGCAACAGAUUAUGUGCAAGAGGAUAAGAGUGGAAGCAGAGGCCAGGAGGAGGAAGAUGAGUUUGAUGAUGAGUUUGAGCAUCCUGGCGAAGUGUCUAUAGGGAAGAGGAUUUGGACCUUUUUCACAACCUGAGUUCUCUUUAAAUUGUUAUCAUUUCUGUUGGCAAAA